CAAUAUGGACACAAAACCCGACCCAAAACUAACUUGAUGACCCGAAUAGACACCGCUUUCCACUAACUUCAAUUGCAACAUUUAGAUAUGUGAACCUACUCAAUUGCUACUGUAUAACAUUGGCAAAUCAAAUCAAUUAGGGUUUCUAAUUUCUACAACUACUGUCAAAUAAACAGAAAAGAAACAGAAACUGAAACUGAAAAGAAUUGAGUAAUUUUGAACCCUUUUUCUCUGCUGUCAAAACCCAAGAAAAACAAUGUGCUAAACUGCUAACUGCUGAGCAUCCAUAAUACCUAAAUUAUUCUCUCUCUGUGUAAAACCCUAAUUCAACAAAUUCCGAUGAAGAGGUCUUCAUCAGCAUUAAUGAUGGAUUCAACGGAGUUUCUUCCACCGGCACAUCCAAAUAAUUGGAAGAAGAAAACUAGGGAUUUGCCAAAUCUAUCAGAUUGUCAUUGCUGUAAUCAUCGGAUCAAUAGCUCAAACCCUAAAAAUCGACUUCUCAUCCUCGGAAGUGAAUGGAGAAUCGUUCUUCUCUGUAAGCGUUGUUAUAAUCUUGUCGAAUCGGCGCAAUAUUGUUCAUAUUGUUUAUCUAGGGUUUUAAUUUCAUCAAUAGAGUCUUUCAAAGAGUGCAAGAGAUGUCAUCGUAGGAUUCACAAGGAUUGCAUUUCGAUGGUUCCGCUUGGUUCAGGUAACAUUAAUGGUUAUAGUUGUAGUAAUAAUUUCUUUCUUUGUUUUGAUUGUUGGAUGCCAAAAUUGCUUGAGAAUGAGUAUAAUAUUAGGGUCUCUAAAAUUAUAAAUAAGAAAAGGCCGGUGAAAAUUGGUGGUGAAAAGAUUGGGGGUGAAACGACAAAUUCAUUAGGGAGUUCUGGGGUUUGUGAUUCACAGGAUAAGGGAAAAGGUUUAGAGGAUGCUGCAAAUGAUGUUAAUGUUGUAGCGCAGAUGAAGAUUGGUGUGGUUCUUGAAGCAAAUGAGAAGGCUAUAAAUAAAGCUAUGGCUGCCAAGAAGGUGGUAGCGUUUACAAGUAGUGGGGUGGGGAUUGUUUCCAUGGAUAAGGAUAAAAAUGGUCAACGGGCUGGUUCUGUGGUUGAUGAUGAUGCACAGUUGGCUAUUAGGCUGCAUAGAGCAAUUAAUAGUUCGCCUAGGAUUUCACGGUAUUCGUGCUUGUUGAAUACUCAGUCUGUUGAUAUCCCUGAGGCGAAUGGCAAUGUGGGUGGUUUGGAAUCAUGGGUAGGUGUUGAAACUAGCUGUGCUGGUAAAUUGGUGAAUAUUGGCGGUGAUGAACAGAAUAGAUUAUGUGAAACUAGACAAGAAUGUGAACAGAAUUGUACUAGAGCACAAAAUGAGAAGUGCGGUGAGGGGUCAGGUGCUAUGUUAAUUACAUAUAGCAGGAAAGCGCGGGCAUCUUUAGAGGUCAAGGAAGAACAUAGUUGUUCUGGGAAGAUAUAUAGCGAGGGCUGGUCAUCUAGAGUUUCGGGUGUCAAAGAGGAAGCUGCUUGUCCUUUGAGGACAUAUAGAAGGAAACUGUCAAAAAAUAAACGAUACAAACUUGAGAUUGGUCAUUGCUAUAAAACUUAUAGCAGGAAGCGCUCAAUACAUGGCAAAAGCAAAUUGUAUGGCAGUCCUACCUUGGAUAAUGGAACUCUUACUCCAUCUUUUGCUCUGAAUCAUCGUGAGGAAUCACUACCAUUCACUGCCGCUUUGUAGCCUGGUUCCAUCUGUCUAACUCUACUCUUGUGGAAGAUCUGGAUUUUAGUCUUCCUACUCCCUAGUUCUUGCUGCACAGCUGAAGUAUUCUUUUUAUUGGGUGACUCAAGUCUCAAGCUCCUUUGGAUCUUCGAAAGUAGUUUCAUGGCAAAGCAGAAGGCAAAAUUUUGAGGAUGAUGGCUUGCAUUGCAAAACACUGUGAAUUAGUACGCCACUUUGUUUGUAUUUAACUGAUGAUUAACAUAGAGCUUUCAGAAUAUAGCUUUUGGGAAAUACGUUGUAUGUAAUUCUGAUACAUGCCUAUUCUUAAUCCUGACGAUUUGCUCAAACAACACUGAGCAACACUGAACGUUUCCAGUACAUAUCAAGCUAAUCAUUUCUCAAGUGUUUGGACUGUUGUCUGCUACUAGUAUAUAUAUAUUUUUUGGAUUAUAGGGUAAACUAGGGAAGGGUAAGGCAUUCUUCUACUACUAAUGUAUGAUACUAUUAAUUGUUCUAUUGCAUUUAGAAAAUUGGGGCACAUUUACAAUUUAUUGAUUGUUUGAUUGGAGUCGACUCUGUUUGGCUUUGAAAGGAGAUGCAUUUUUGGGAAGACUUUUUUGAAUAAUAUAGAAUUGAAACACCAAAAAAUGAAAUAAGAUUGGUACAAAUGAAGGUAAGUAAAGGUGAAUUUAAAGAAAGAUAAAGGAUAAAGAAUAUAAUAAUGUGUGGAAAACAAAGGAAUUAAAGAUGAUUA